AUGAGGUGCGGCGAGCGCCUCUUUAGCUUCUUUUCUUUCUCUUUCACCGUCGGUGAUCAACCUCACCAAGGGCAACGACGCGGGAGAUCGAUCAUCCCACGCCUUUCGUAUCUGUUAAAUUUUCUUCUUGUGGUUCUGCAAUCUCCUGCAUUUGUUUAUGCCAGCGAUCAAGAGCUCAUUUCUUACGUUGAAAAUCUUAUAAGAAACAACACCUUCAUCUACAGUAGGUGCUCCACAAGCGUAGAUGGGAUAUCGCAGACAUACGGGCAAAACUUGGAGCAGCUAUUUAGCUCCCUCGUCGACUCCGUUUCCAACACUGGCUUCUCCAACACCUCCGUUGGUGAGGCGCCGAACACGGCCUACGGCCUCGCGCUCUGUCUCGGCUACGUCCCAGCCGAUAUCUGCCGGAACUGCACCGCCGUCGCUGUCGAGAGGGUCAAGGUCGACUGCCCAAAUGACAGGUCCGCCAUGAUAUGGCUCGCGCCCUGUCUGCUUCGUUUCUCCGAUACGCGAUUCUUCGGAAGCAUUGGUGGGAACGAGAAGGUGCGGAUAUCCCCCAAAGAGAGCACCAAAUCUGCCGAUCCGGCGGCUGCCCGCAAUUUUUUGAACUUAUUAGCAAGGGAUGCUGCCAAUGACCCAAACAUGUACGCUACCAAGAUACAGCAGAUGGAUGGCUUUACCAGCUACGGAAUGGCGCAGUGCACCAGGGACCUUACUUUGGUGGAUUGCAUGCUGUGUCUCCAGAAUGCUACCAAACAGAUAGAGAUUGAAAACAAUAACACAGAAGAACGACCAUGGCGGUUUCUUUCCGCGAGCUGUGCCAUGGGGUAUGACACCAGGCUUUUCUUUCUAACCUCACAGGUGCCUCCUUCGCCAUCGCAUCCAGAGAGAAUAAGUGACAAUGACAGACGGAGGAAACGCAUGAUCGCCAUAAUUAGCUCCACAGUGGGGAUUCUACUGCUAGCAAUAGGGAUCUUCGUGAUGCUUUCCCGCAGCCGAAAGAGGAAAAAUUUUAAAGAGGAACUAAGAAGAUACAGAAGUGAACUGGCUUCACUAGGUAACCUCACUGAGGUAGAAAGGAAUCAUGACCUACCUCAAUACAGCCUAAAAGCAUUGCAGGCGGCCACCAACAAUUUCUCAGAAGAGAAUAAGCUUGGACGGGGGGGAUUUGGUCCCGUAUAUAAGGGUUGCCUCAACGGUCGGCUUGUUGCGGUGAAAAGACUUUCUGAGCGUUCUGGGCAAGGUUUGAAAGAAUUUAUGAAUGAAGUUGUAUUGAUAGCAAAGCUUCAACACAAGAACUUGGUCCGUUUACUGGGCUACUGCAUAGAUCGGGGAGAAAAGAUGCUGAUCUAUGAAUUCAUGCCCAAUGGCAGCCUUGAUGCAUUUUUUUAUGACCCACAGAAGCGUGAAUCAUUGGAUUGGGAGAAGCGAUUCAAUAUAAUUGUGGGAAGUGCAAGGGGGAUUUUGUAUCUUCAUCAAGAUUCCCGGCUCAACAUUAUUCAUCGGGAUCUUAAAGCAGGCAACGUUUUAUUGGAUGAGCAGAUGAUAGCAAAGAUUUCUGACUUCGGUAUGGCCAGAAUCUUUAGUGGAGAUAAGGACCCAAGAUCCACCAAUAUCAUCGUUGGAACUCAAGGAUACAUGGCUCCAGAGUAUGCCAUAGAUGGGCAAUUUUCCAUUAAAUCUGAUGUCUACAGCUUUGGUGUACUGCUCUUAGAAAUUGUGAGUGGUCAGGCAUAUAGUGGGUUUCACCUCUUUCAAAUAGGUUGUACCCUAACUGGAUAUGCCUGGACUUUAUGGAGCAAGGGGAGAAUGUCAGAACUCAUAGAUCCAGUGCUUCGAGAAUCAGCCGCAACAAGUCAAAUUUUAAAAUGUUUCCACAUUGGCUUACUGUGCGUUCAGGAGGACCCUGCAAACAGACCCACGAUGUCAGGCAUUAUAAAUAUGCUUGAAAGUGAUUCGCCAAUUCUUCCGACCCCGCAACAACCCCCUCUGGUUUUUAGUAGUAGCAUCAGCAAUUCUAGCACUUCAAUGACAGGCAAAAAUGGUUCUUCUAAAAGUGCCAGUACAAACUCUGAAAGUUCAUCGAGGUUGAAGCACUCCUUUAGAUGAGCUUGGCAUA